AACUUGUUAUAUUUGAAUUAUGAGGUAUUACAAUAUAAAAACGGAGUUUCAGGACUGACGAGAAAAAUACCAAUUAAAUUUGAAAAUAAGUGUCAUAUAGAAACGUGUUCUAGACUGAAAUAAACUUUUAAAACGAGAAAAUGCAUUUCGUAGAAGAGAAAGAAAGAGAGAGAGAGAGAGAGAGAGAAGUUAUAUAGAUACAAUUUUAAUUUCAUUUCAUUUAAUUCCAUGCCGACAUUAAUUUAACCGAGACUUUAUUUGUAGUUCAUCAGUCGAGGAAUUUAAUAUUGAAAAUUGCGAGGGUAGUAAUGGUUUUUCGAUAAUACGUCACAUAAAAUAUCAGAGUCUCUCGAGUUUGUGAAAAACAAUUUCGGAUAUCUUUCGAUCGAUUCGGUGUAUCGUUACAGAAGCCUAUGGAUUUUAUAUAUAUGGACGAGAGUUCUCUCGUCUCGCCGCGAUAUAUUUACAAGGGCGCUGCAUUCGAAGAUAUUAUGCAUUUUCACACAUCGAUGCGCUUUUCCGAUACUGAUACGAAGUUUUGUAGAAGACUGCGUGACCAACGCCACGGAAAGUAGCAGAACACGACGGCUCCGUAACCACGUGAAGCGGCUGGGCCUCUUGUGAGGGGGGGGUCAAGAACCGCGAGCGUACCCCCUUAGAGCGUCCCUUCCCAGCAAUGAUAGAUCCAAGCUCAUCCGAAGAAGAGAGUGAGGAGGAUCAGAGUACUCACCCCAGCGGUGGCGGAGGCCGUGGCGGGAGCAGCAGCUCUCAAGGUUCCCGCCGUCAUCCUGGAAGUAUCGGAAGCGGUCCGGGUUCCGGUAGCGUCGGCUCGCUCGCAUCGGGCCUCACCGCCUCGCCGGGCGGCCCGAACCAUGUGGGACCGCCGAGCACCACUAGCACCUAUGGACCCGGGGGGAGUCGGGCCGUCGCGGCACCGCAGGACACCGCUGGAGCCGGUCUGGACGUCCCUAAUCUCUCCAGCGCCAGGAACUCCCUGUCGCCGUCGAUGAGCGCGACCCAAGAUGCCGCGAACUACGCUCAGCGACCCACCAGUCCAUCUCCCUCGGUAGCCAGCGAGAAGACGGAAGCGGAGUUGCAAGAUAAGCAAGAAAGGGAGGAGGAGCAAAGGAAAACUCGAAUUCAGCUUUACGUCUUCGUAUCUAGAUGCAUCGCUUAUCCGUUCAACGCCAAACAACGAAUGGAUAUGCCGCGAAAUCAGAUAAAAGUAACGAAGCAACAAUUAGAGACCAUAUGUUCUCGUUUUCAGAGUUUUUUGAAGGGCGAGACGCAGAUCAAGGGCGACGAGGCAUUUCAUAAUGCCAUACAGAAUUUCCACGACGUGUGCCUGAAGUCGGACCGAGUGGUACAUAUGGUGCAAGGCGGUGCAUGCUCCCAGCUCGACCUCCGCGAGAUAUUCAAAAAGAACGUUGAAAAGCGCGUACGGAGCCUCCCGGAAUACGAAGGAGUGAGCAAAGAGACUGUGCUUACGUCCUGGUUGGCCAAAUUCGAUUGCAUUUUAAAAGGUAUUGGUGACGAGGACACCAAACGGCCUUCCAGGAUGCAACAGCAGUCUUUGAACUCGGAGCUGAUACUGUCGAAGGAGCAGCUGUACGACAUGUUUCAGCAGAUCCUCGGCAUCAAAAAGUUCGAGCACCAGCUUCUGUUCAACGCCCUCCUGUUGGACUCAGCCGAUGAACAGGCUGCCGCCAUCAGGAGGGAGCUGGACGGUCGCAUACAGAAAAUCAACGAAAUAGAGAAGAACCGCAAGCUCCUGCCCAAGUUCCUUGUGAAAGAGAUGGAGUCGCUCUACAUCGAGGAGCACAAGUCGUCUAUCAAUCUGCUAAUGACUAAUUUGGAGUCGUUACCAGUCUCCAAGGGUUCGAUAGACAGCAAAUACGGGCUGCAGAAGCUGAAGCGCUACAACCAUCGUGGUGAGCGCUCCCGCUGCCGCGGUCAGGGCUCUCUCGCUAAACUGGAGGGCGACUCCGCCGAUUCCGAUCCCCAGCUGACGAAAAUGGACGUCGGCCUGACCUUCCAGCUGGAAGUAGUCGUAAUGGAGGUCAAAGGCCUCAAAAGCCUAGCACCCGAGAGAAUAGUUUAUUGCACUAUGGAGGUGGAAGGCGGCGAGAAGCUGCAGACCGAUCAGGCCGAGGCCUCCAAGCCUAUGUGGGACACUCAGGGUGACUUCACAACAAUGCACCCUCUACCAGUGGUCAAGGUCAGACUGUACACUGAGAAUCCGGCGAUGCUCGCGCUUGAUGACAAGGAGCUGGGCAAGGUGAUCUUGCGGCCCACCCCACUGUCGUGCAAAGUGCCCGAGUGGCAUCGCAUGACCGUGCCCAAGAACUGCCCCGAUCAGGAUCUGCGUAUGAAGAUCGCCUGCCGCAUGGACAAGCCGCUUAACAUGAAGCAUUGCGGCUAUCUUUACGCGAUUGGCAAGUCCGUAUGGAAAAAGUGGAAGAAACGGUACUUUGUGUUGGUCCAAGUCUCGCAGUACACAUUUGCGAUGUGCUCAUAUAAAGAAAAGAAAAGCGAGCCGUCGGAAAUGAUGCAGCUCGAUGGCUUUACAGUGGACUAUAUCGAGGCCGGUUCUGCUAAUCUCAUGGUCGGCAUGGAUUUGGAAGGAGGAAGGUAUUUCUUCAACGCUGUGCGCGAAGGCGACAAUAUAGUAUACGCCUCGGACGACGAGAACGAAUGUCACUUGUGGGUGAUGGCGAUGUAUCGGGCAACCGGCCAAUCGCACAAGCCCACUCCGCCGGUUUCGGUAGCUGACAAAAAUUCAACCAUCAGUAAAAUUCAGGGUGACGCUGAUCGCGCGAAGAAGCACGGUAUGGAGGACUAUAUCAGCGCAGAUCCGUGCAAGUUCGACCAUCACGUUUUAUUCAAGUACCUGCAGACCUUGAUUCUGGACUACAGACUGAACGAUCCUUACUGCUCGCUCGGCAGUCUUUCGCCUGGUCAAAUUUUCGUGCUGGAUGAAUAUUGUGCCAGAUACGGGGUGAGCCUGUGCUUUCGGCAUCUCUGUUUUCUUAACGAUCUGUUGGACAGAAUAGAUCGUGGGAUUAUGAUAGAUCCGCAUGUGCUACACUAUAGUUUCGCCUUCUCUUCCAAUCAUAUUUUUGGUAAAAAGGCGUCCGAUGACUAUCACUCGAUUACCCAUGAGGAGAAAAAUAAAUUUCAGGAGAUUAAGGAUCGACUUAGACAGGUUCUCGAGAACCAAAUCACUAACUUUAGGUACAGUUUUCCAUUCGGGCGUCCGGAUACAGCGUCCGGUAACGCAUUGAAAGGGGCAUUAUCCCUGUUGGAACCCGUUCUCAUGAAGGACAGCGUAACGCCCGUGCCGCACGAGGAGGUGAAAGCUCUGAUAAAGAAGUGCUUAGAAACGGCGGCGCUGGUAAAUUACACAAAAUUAUCCGCCGAAGCGAAGAUCGAAGACGAUCUGAGCGGCGAUAUGAACGUGCCUCCCAAUAAAAAGCUGGAGGAUCUCAUACACCUCGCCGAAUUGUGCGUCGAUCUGCUCCAGCAAAAUGAAGAAUAUUAUUCGGAGGUAGCGUUCGCUUGGUUUAGCGAUCUUAUGGUGGAGCACGCCGAGAUCUUCUGGUCGCUAUUUGCCGUUGAUAUGGAUAAAGUACUCGCAGAACAACUGCCAGACACGUGGGACAGCUUUCAGCUGUUCCAGGUAUUGAAUGAUUAUCUCAGGACUGACGACAAUUUGAAGAACGGAAGAUUCCAUCAGCAUCUACGCGACACGUUCGCGCCGUUGGUAGUGCGUUACGUUGACCUUAUGGAAUCGUCGAUCGCUUCGGCGAUUUAUAAAGGCUUUGAGAAGGAACGAUGGGAGAUCCAGGGAAACGGUUGCGCGACAUCGGAGGAGCUCUUCUGGAAGUUGGACGCGUUGCAAUCGUUCAUCGGCGGUUUGCACUGGCCCGAUCAUGAGUUCAGGCAGCAUCUCGAACAGAGACUAAAACUUAUGGCAUGCGAGUUGACAGAGUCGUGCAUUCAGAGGACCGACGCGGCCUUCCAGCAGUGGCUUAAGAAAGGCGUGACCUUUAUCUCUACAGAUUAUAUUCUACCGUCGGAAAUGUGCACUAUGGUGAACGUUAUUCUGGACGCCAAGAAUCAGAGUUUUAAGCUUUGUACUGUCGAUGGUAUCGAUGUGCAUCAGUGUCACGCCAAGAUCGACGACAUGAUUGAAAAGAUUUCAGCGGGAAUGAAUCAAGGAAUGAUUAACAAACUUAUAACUGUAUUGGAAGCGACGCUGUCUAAGCUGUCUCGUUACGAUGAGGGUUCCCUCAUCGGCUCCAUUCUCAGUCUUACGAAGGUAUCAGGAAGCGGGAAGGAAAUGGGACAAGCCUAUGUAAACUUUAUGAGAAACUGUAUAGAUCAGAUUCGCAGCAAAGUCCUCGAUGAAUUGUGGAUUUUGACUUUCUUCGAGCAAUGGUACACGGCGCAGAUACAAAUGCUAUGUAACUGGUUGUCCGAGAGACUCGAUCAUAGCCUGCAUUUGUAUCAAUGUACCUGCCUAGCUCAUAUCGUAAAGAAGAUCUAUUCGGACUUUGAGCUCCAGGGUGUCAUGGAGGAGAAACUCAACACGAAGACAUAUCAGACUAUAGACAAGAGGAUGAAGACGGAAGAAGCAACUUGUGCCUUAACCAUGAGCGCUCAGAAUGAAGAAGGGCUUUCGGAGAAUGGCAAUGACGACGAGGUGGAGAGACCUAAGACAAAAGUGACGAUCGUUGAGACGGAAGACGCGAAUUACGUGGCCAAUUUGAGUAACGUCACCUCGAAUGUUGUUGGAAAAGUCGGUAGCAUGUUCGGCAAGGGCAUUGGCGGUCUUUCUACAAAAUUCGGCUCAGCCAGCAAUUGGUUCUAGUUAUUGUUUCUAGCACUCUGCCAGUAAACCUUACAUUCGACUAGUACGUUCCUUCGUCUAAAUAAGGGGAUGCGAACGAGAUGACUUCUAAAGGCGUAGACAGUACCCUAUAGGCAGUACGAUGAUCUAGAGUUUUGUCCAUAUAAACGAAUGGUAUGAUUAAACGAUGCAAUCGAUCGGAUCAGUUUGGCUUUCAUCGUCUAGCAGAUCGUUUCGGUUUCAUUGCGGGAAUUUCCUCUUUGAGAGAGACUUCCGACCGUUUCACCGCGACGUUCAAUACGCGCGGAAUCCCAAAAUUAUUGAUUAACUUAUUGAUUAACCACGAUCAAAGAGCUAAUUGUUGACGUACACUUACGUUUACUUAGUCAUAGCUUUCGAAUUUGAAAGAAAAAUAACGCAUAUUAUAUAACAUCACACGCGUUGAAAAUUACGCGAACUCGUUGUGGGCUCGUUUUAAUUAAUCGUUUAUGUUUGAUCUCAGGUAAUAGCGAAAACAUAGUCGAGAUAUAUUCGGAAAGGCUGAUUAUGCGAGAACACGUACGAUAUAGACCAGAGUAAACGCGUAGAUAUCUAAUAUCAUAUUACAAAAGUAUAUGUAUAUAAACGUACAUACAUGCAUAACGCAACGUGUAAUUAUGAGAUAUUCAUACAUUCUGUCGUGGCCUGUAUGCGCCAGGCUAGCGUCGUUAUAAUAUAUAUUAGCUGAAUUGUCAGAGCACAGAAUGCAGAUUUUUCCUAUUCUAGUCUGUGUAUACCGCGAGUUGUUUUUACGCGGAUUUAGUUGUCGGAGGAGAAGAGCACGGACACGGUACUUCGCGUAGGCUGGAAAAGAUUCUCGGGUCGAUUGCAACGUUACUUGGAUAUAGAACGUGGAACCGCGACAGUAGAAAAUCGCGGAAAAUCUCCCGGAACAGAAAUGGGAAAUCGAUCGAGGCGGAAGGGGGAACCGCGACUGACGAAGCUGCUUAUCGAAUUCAUUUUGCAACCAACGAGGCAAUGCUGUUAUAUACGAUCGCUGUUAUCUGUUGGACGACCAUUCGCCGGAUACUCGAACGGAAGAUAUAUCUCUCGUAUUAUCGCAAAAAUUUGUCGCGAGACAGGGGAACAGGAAAAAGAUGGUGUUUUGUAACACAAAAUAAAAUGUACGAGGUGGGAAGGACUCAUCGGGAAAUAUUUCUUUUACGGCGAAUCUAGAACCAAAUUUUAUUAUCGCAAGAAUUUCGAUUACCUUCCAUCGAAAAUUUCAUUUCAAUUGAACGAAAAUUCUUGCGAAGUUUCUCAAGAAAAUGUUUUGAGGAACUGUAAUUGAACUAAAAUUCACAAUAAAGCAGUUAUAAACAAGGCUUCUCACUUAUACUACUAGUAAUUGAUGAAGUAUCCGUUGCAAAUUUUCGUGUCCCGUGUCUUAAAUAUUUUUUGUGGCCUUAAAUAUUUAUUUGUGUAGCACUUUGUACAAAAAUUGAUAUAGUUGAUAUUAUUCGUACACAUCGUAACGUAAGAUUCAAGAUCAGGUUGUGAUCAGUGAUAAAUGAGUUUAAUGUAUAAUUUCCACGAGUAAUCGAUAAUAGUCUCUCAAACGGCAAUAAAUAAUAAUAUUUCAGUGUUUAAGAUUACAUGCAUCUCUAUCUUAUGUGGUUUCUUUCCAAUGGUACUAUAAUUAUUAAGCACCGCACGCAGAGAGAUUUAAGCAUGCUGGUUAGUCGCGAUCGAAUGGUCGCCGAUAGCCAUCAGAAACAGUGAGCGUAAUAGCACGUUACAUUUUAUCUGUGUUACAUUUACGCUAAUUUACGGCUACCUUAUAGCUAAGUUACGUUAUACAAAUCUGUACUUAAUAUUGUUAUAUACUAGCGUAUCGUCUAUAUUUAUAUUUAUAAUAUGAAUCGCGAUUCUUUAUUUGCGAUCAGAAAAUGAACACGAGCAGGCGAGGAGCUUUUCUAGCGAGAGUCGCGCUUUCAGAGAUUAAUCAGAGGAUUCUUUGUUUAUUGACGAAUACCGUUAAAAUCCCCAUUUUAACGUUAUUUGAUGAUAAGAGAGAGGUUACUUUCAUAAAAAUCGUACGAGGACUAUAUUAAUAUCCUGCGGAGUGUUGAAAAUUCUUCAGUAUGCACCGAACACACAUUGUGAAGUCGCUUGACAAUUUUUCAUUCUUAACAGUAACUCUUGAUGCACGUGAAACUUUCUGAAAUGAUCGCAGACCUGGGGGCAAUUCUCAAACGUGUUUACUACAGGCGUUUACCGUCGAGAGUCACUAUUGAGAGUGAUUCUUGAAACCGAGAACGAAUAUUAUCCGGCAUUGAAACGCUUGCGAUUUUGCUCCAAUCGCGACGUGGAAGGAAUAUAUCCUUUUUAGAUUUUUUUUUUUUUUCUCGUUAUCGUCGUCGAUAACUAACGUCGAUACUACUAACGUCCUGUGAAAAAAAGCAAGUGUUAUGUAGGUUUACAUUGCAAGAAAGCCUUGUCUCUCGAUUAUGAGAAACAUAUAUAUUUUCAAAACCUCACGAUAUAACGUUCGUAUAUCAAUGAAUAUUUUUAUUCAGCUUGAUAUAAACUCUUGAAAGUGCAUCAAACGCGAAAGUAUAACAACGAAGCAGGAUGAAAAAUGUACGUCCCCUCCCCCCACCCCGAAGAAAUCCUUGCUAUGUUUUGUGUUGCAGCAUCUUGUCUAUGAGAUUAAUUAAUUUCUACGCAUUUCCUCUUUUCAAAGCAACGCGCGAGACAAAUCCUAAUAAAAUCGUAUUCAUAUCGAGCUCUUCGAGCUUUCUCUGUCUACCUCAAGUCCUAAGAAGCAUGCCGCUAUUUACGUAAAUUUAAUUUUAGAGCGACGAAUUGUAAGAUGCGACAAAGUAAUAUACUCAAUUCAAUAAGAAUAGUUAAUUUAUAAUCGAAGCUUAUAUUUCGGAUAAAACGUGCAAGCUUCUUUAUUUUCCCGCAGAUUAAAUUCGAACAAUUCAUAUGGCUCACAUAAAAGAUACAUAUAAGGAACUACAUUUAAGACACAAAUAUAGAUUAUGCCAAUAUUUAUUUGUUUAAUAUCGAUUUUUCACUGCCUGGUUAGCGACGGACACAUUUUUCACCCUACUUCGGCGAGUAAGGCAGUAAAAUUAAACGUACAAGAGGCGGAAGAGAAGAAAUACACUACAAAAAAAAAAAAAAAAUGUUAGCAGUCGCGCGAACGCGAGGCGAGGGAUUUACCAUUCGUUUGUACAUACCUUAGCGGUGGCGAAACGGGAAAGAGUAAAUUUUUUAUAUGAUACAUAAAAAAAAGAGAGAGAGCUCGCGCGAGAGCGGAGCGCGGGAAUCCGACGGAUUUUAAAAAGGAUCCGUUUUGUCACGCGCUCGCGUUGCAAGAGCAAGAGAUCGCAUUCGAAGAGAUUCGCAUGGCUCGACAGUCCGAAUUCGGCGUGGGCCAAAUUCUUAGGGACGAUGUUAUGCUUUUCAUCGUCGACUUUCGAACUUGACAGAAUAUUUUUUGAUGCAUCGCACGUUUACAGAGUAGGGCGACGAAAAGCGAGCUCCCUUAUUCUCUUUCAAUCUUCCUAUCCUUUCUCUGUCUUUCUCUCACUCACUCUCUCUCUAUCUAUCUAUCUAUCUCUAUCUAUCUCUCUCUUUCCCUUUUUCUCGUCGGAAUUUGACAAGUGCAUGUUAGUUCGCUAACUAAUGGAUGAGAUAAUUGUUACUCCGUAUACGGAUUCUUUUAAUCUCUAUAUUGUUACGUAUGUUCGGUGAAUCCCAUGGUAAAAGGAAAACGCGUACGACGUGGUAAAUCAAAGCUACGUUUUUGCACUCGACUUUCGGUUUGAUUAGUAUAUUUUUUUCAAAAUCGAGAAUGCGCGGAGUGCAACAAUGGUGCCUGAAGAAAAAAAUGCCUCUGUCACGCUUUAGAAUUAUUCCUCGUCGUGUUAAGUCGAAUAAGUUUCCUCAAACAAAUCUAAACUGAAAACAGACUCUCAUUAUAUUUUUAUUCAAGUCGUUGAAAAUUGGCGAGAUAAUUUUUGAUAACUGGACAGAUAGCGUAAUUCAAGUUUGGCUAAAGCCGGUCUUUACCAAAAUACUAAUUUAAACUCGUUCGUCUCACAUUCAAUGUUGAAGAUUACAACAUUGCGCGUUUGCUGGAAGAAGAGACACAUAAUAUUAGAGAAAAUUUACCAGAGGAUGAUUCAGAAGCCUGAUGAGCGCGUAGUUACAGCUGCUUGAAUGUUUCGCCACUGGCAUCACUGCGAUCAGCGAAGCGUGAUGUAAUUGCACGUCUUACCGUCGCGACGAUGUAUAUUGAUAUCGAUUAAGUAAACGCGGCCUUACACACACACCGUAACACGAUAAUUGCCGUCGCGAAUGUGAUGAGAUUUUACGAGUGCGAAAGGCUAGGCGCGCGAGCGAGACUCGUUUUUAAGCUCAAAAGAGAGGCGAAAGUAGGAGAAAGAAAACGAAGCGCGGUGAAUUUGGAACGUUAUCAAAAAGUAAAAAGAAAAAGAAGCUAAAUUACUAUACUAUACUUAUCGAUGCUAAUGACGUUAGAAUUAUUAUGAUUAUCGUGGUUAUUCUUACUAUUGGUAAUUCUCCUAUACUCUACUAAUUAGAUUAGGACAGUUACGAAAUGAUCUCUCUCUCUCUCUCUCUCUACUUUUUCUGUCUAUCUGUCUAUCUGUCUGUCUACCUAUUUAUCUGACUAUCAAUUUUGUCUGUCGAUCUGUCCAUCUCUGUUUUGCUGCUCCGUCAAUAUUAAUUCUUCACACCGGUCGAACUUCGAUACGACGAUCACUUCUGUCGUCAGCUCUCUCCACUUGUCUCUUUGCCUUUCUUUCCUUUUUGUUCUUUGUCUCUUUCCCAUCUUGCUUUCCAUCAGUUUUUCUCCCCUUGCUUCACUUACUCUUUCUCUUCUUCUUUUUUUCCCUUCUCUACCUACAUCUUUUCUCCGUUUUGCGUUAAAACUGUGACUUUACUUGAAGAGAUGGUCUUUUUACUCUAGCCAGUGUUCUAGUCGAUUUAACUUUUACUCAACUAUUGUUCUCUCGUUAAUAAAAAUUCCGACAAAAAAAAGCAAAACAAGUACAGAAAAAAAAAACAAUACAUAUCCCGACGCUCUUUUUAAUUUCCUUCUCAAUAAUCGGCUCGAUUUGAUCGGCAUUCUAUCGGUAUCAUCCCGUCAUGUGUCUUUCACGACGAUAAGAUAAGAAAAGAAAAGAGAACCGAAAUCACUCGCUCUCAUCGUUUGUCGCCCACAUAUAGUAAGGUCUAGAGCGGAGGGUAAACGUGGUGUGAAUGUGCGCAUUUUCUGUAAAUAAUGGCAUAAUUUACAUACGCAUGUAACACGCAGCAUCCUCAUCGUAGUAUCGUCAUUGUAAGAGAAGAACGGUCGAAAGGGGAAAAAUCUUGUAAGGAGAAGACGAAGUUAGAAAUUGGAUUCGAUCUCGAUUUAUAAUAAAUUGAUACCAUGCAGGGAAAGAAAUGUGGAAAGGAAUGAAGAAGAGAAUUUCAUUUUUCAUCCCUCUUUCCCCGCUCCGUUUCGAGUAUUCUAAACAGAGAGAUCGAAUCCUUCUCAGUUUCGUUCUCGCAGAGGGAGGCAAGAAAUGGAAAGAUUAAAAAAGAAGCACGAGUUUCAUUGUAAAUAAAGCGACACGCGCAACUUCAAAUUUUCAUCGUCCCGCCAAUCUCCGAGCCCGCGAGGAAAAAGAGAAGAGGAACGAAAAGGGAAAGAUCGCUUGCUUAAUCGGAAUAACGAAUGAAUGAUAAUCACCGCCUGUCUUAUUCUCUCUCUCACACACACAUACACGCAUGCUCUUUCUCUCUCUCUGUCUCUCUUUCUCUCUUUCCCCCUUUCAUUCACCCUCACUCAUCGGAGCAUCAAUCGCAUCUCUUUACUCGACUGCAAAGCGGAAACGACUGUGAUCUAGAUUAGUGUUACACAUCGCAUGAAGAGGAGUAAAAGAAGAAGAAGAAGAAAAGGAGAAAGAAACAAAAGAAAAAAAAAACAAUCGAUCGAUCAGUGCUUAAAUGC